AUGUUGAAGAAUGGCAACAGAGCAGGCCAAUACCAAGGGUGCUUUAGCAAGUCACAUUGGGGAGGCAGAAGGAUGGCUGACAAAUGGGACGUCUUCAUCAAACACGCUCCGAACCUUAGCAAGAGAGUGAUGGAGGUUCCAAACAGCCUCAGACCAUCUCUGGGAAUCAAAGUUUUGAAGCACACAGGGGGCCGAUACAAAUCCAAGCCUGGCGAGCCUUUGCACCGAAUACCGUUCCAACUUGCUAUGGCUGCUGAGACCUUUCUGCUGGAUCGAAUGUCUCUUGGGGAGGAGAUCGGGUAUGACUUUGUGGAGAGUGUGAUAAGGCAGCUCCUUGAAAUUUGGAACGACAAGAUUGAGGAGUUCAAAUCCCAAGUCAUUGAGGUGGUGGGGCCGGACGUGCUUGCAGAGCAGGAUAAAAAGAUCCAAGCCCAUGUCUCUGACGAUGAGGUUGCAGGGAUUGAGGAAGAGACCGCCAAUAGAAUCAAUGCUUUAGUAGAAGCUUUGACGCCAAUAGACAUCAGUCACAACUUUCAAGCUUUGAGGUUAGACACGAGCAGUAGCCUGAGAGCAGACGCAUGGGCCUUGACACAACUCAAGAAAUUUGGAGGUGGAAAGCUAAUCAUGCAUGCGUGGAUGAGCAGGGGCCUGGUCACUCCGGAAGAUAUGGCUUCUUGGCGAUUUGAAGGCAGUCGGCAGGCCUUGGAUGAGUGCAUGAAGGCAUGUAGAGGAUCUAUGCGGUACCUUUUUCAGUUAGAUGGCAUUGGCGAGGAUAACUACGAUGAAGAAGCCAAGCGAAUCACUGAUGCAAGAAAUACUACUUUGGUGGGUGAACAGGCUACUGGAUGGGCAAUCAUUGACCAAGAUCUUCCUGGCGCUGAGCCAAUCUUGCUUCCAGACUGGUGGAAUUUACCAAUUACCAGAACACUUUCAAUUUGGCAGAAGGAGAGUGAUGAUUGGCAGCAUAAAUUUCUGAAGCGCAGAAAUGAAGGGAAGACCGGACUUCCACCCAAGGCUCAAGAAAACUAUGACAAAUGGAACCAGUGCGACACGCGACGCCUGGUGCUGGACAAGAACCGGCAGUCCCAGGUCAUGAACUUCAGUUCCAAACACUUGCAUCAGCAGAAAGCAUCGUGCCUACUUUUGGAGAUUCGUGUGAGCGAGCAGGCAGAUCAGCUUCGCAUCAGAUCCGGAGGUGGCAAGUACUUCCAGCUGGUGCUCCUUACUGGCGUACACCCGCAAGCACAAGCAAGCAUUCCGGAAGAGUUGGAUGUUGUUUACUGUGCAGGAGCUGCGAUCGAAGACGCAGCACAUGAUCUGCAAGAUGAUGUGAUGAUGGAUGCUGCAGGUGCCCUAGAUGACAAUGAAGCUGUUGUGAACGACAGUGAUGAGCAGCAGGAAGAUUCAGUAGAGCUGGACAUUGAUGGGUGGGUCAUGAUGGACAGUGAUUUGGAAGACGAGGACUUUGAUGAGGCAGACCAAACCACUGGACUUCAACAAAAGACCCGGGUGCAAGCAGCAUACAUGCGACCAGAGUUUGUGGAUUUGCAGAAAGCUGGGCUCACAGACAGACCAGCAGGCGUUGCCUUGGCUUCCUUGCGUGUAUGGCAACAUGGAAGCCUGGUCAUGACCAUGACCUUUGGCACCGGAUAUCAGCUUGACAAGAACAAUCUCUUAGGCUCCGGUGGCUACGGAAAGGCGGUCUUGCUGGGUUGGACGCCACCUAACGAUGUGCAGUGUGGAGCGCGCUUGCGGCCAUGGCAGGUCUACAAGUGUACUGACAUGCAGGGCCAAGAACGUGCCGUGAAGCAAGUCUUUACCGCAAACCCCGAGAUCCUUGAGACAGAGAUCGAGAUCCACAGGCACAUUGGCCAACAUCCCAACAUUGUGCAGCUCAUCGAUGUGUUCGACAACCAAGGGGAAGCUGGGAAGAUGAUCGUGAUGGAGUUGGCCCGUGGUGGUGAGCUCAGCGACUAUUUGGAGAAGACUGGGAAGAUGACGGAGGACAAGGCCAAGGGCAUUUUCAAACAAGUCCUCUCAGCGAUCCAGCACAUGCACUCCAAGAAUGUCCUGCACAGAGACCUGAAGACCGACAACAUUUUGCUGUGCACGGACUCCACCCACGACAUCAACCAUCCCGUGGUGAAGCUCAUUGACUUCGGUGCUGGGCACUGGUCCAAGACGGGACCUCUGCAGGCUAGCAAGUUCAUUGGUACCUUGCAAUACAUGGCCCCAGAGGUGAUCAUUGCCCGUGGGGAUGACUUCGAUGCCUCUGAUGCCUCCCAGGUGGAAUCUACCGUGGAGAUUGAGUUCAAGAAGCGGCCUUUUGGCAUCCGGAAGUAUAAGCCAGGCCCCAACAACAAGGGCGCACGCAUCAUCGAGGUGAUUCCACAGAGCAGGUAUCCUGGAGAUCCUUUGGGCCAAGCCCAUGUGGCCGGUGUGCAGAACGAAUGGGUCGUGAAAUCUGUGAAUGGUCGCGAUGUGAGCCAGAUGGACUAUGAGGACAUCCUUGAUUUGAUGGGCGACCGCUUGCUUGACAAUUCCUCUCGCGGAGCCUUCGAUGGAUCCUUCAAAGUCACUGGAGACAACAAAGGUCAGGGCAAGAUUUUGCCCAAAGUUGAGAUGGUGGACCUCCCCGUGCAAGUGCAGUAUGCCCAGAUGAAGCCUAAGCCGUAUGAUGGCAAGGCCGACGUAUGGAGUUUGGGAUGCGUUCUGUACAACAUGGUGGCGGGCACCCCACCCUUCCCUCCUGAGGAGGAUGAUGUCAUGGCCGGCAGAUAUCAACCCAUCCCGGGAGCAUCUCCACAGCUCAUGGAUUUGCUGAGCAAGAUGCUCGUGGUGAACCCUGCGGCGCGCAUCGACCUGAACUCCAUUGCCGCACACCCUUGGCUGGAGUAUCACCGGUGUCCACUUGGACAUGCUUUUACCACUGGACGUGCUUUUUCUCCCAAGGAUACCGACACCUUUCAGCACCUCUACUUGGGCGUUGGGGCGCUUGGGCUUUCGCUGAUCUUUCAUCCCAACUUGAAUGGCUUUCUGCCCUCGGACAUCGGAUGGGCCUUCGCUCUCUACUUGGAAUCGGUGGCGGUCCUUUGCCAACUCUACAUGUUCAUGAAAGAGGGCAGGGCGCAAGAGUUCACCUCCCACUUCCUCGCAGCGCAGGCCUUGGCCAAAGUGAUGUCCUUUGUUUUCUGGGCCUCCUCCUUCAGCGAGCUCUCAGACCCCAAUCACCACAUCAAGGCGGAGCGGUGUUUGCGCGGGUGGAAGACAGGCGGGUGUUGA